GACAGUGGCACACAUCAGCUGGGAUCAACUCCUGAAUACACAACACGCACUCAUCUUCUUCCCAGGUGCCGCCAAGAAGCUAACAUGCAGGGGCUUCUGCUGACACUGGCUAUUUCCGCCAUCUGCUUCACCCGAGCAAGUGGCAAGCUUUCAAAGACUCCGUGUUCCAAAGUAGAAUCGCAACAGAAUUUCACUCUGAGUGAGUACAUGGGGGUAUGGCAUGAGAUUGAACGACUUCCCACACAUUUUGUUUCCGGUGAAUGCGUUACAGAAAAAUACAGCCUGCAGCCUAAUGGUUGGAUAAAGCUUACCACAAUGGAGAGGUUGGAGAAUGGCUCUUUGCAAUAUUAUCAGGGAGAACUAGCUCCAAGACAUUUGAAUGUAACAUCUACUCUUCAAUAUAGAUCGGGACUUCCAUUCCAAAGUAUUCCAGAAAUGGCUGAGUUCUCCUUUGUCCCGUACAUCAUAUUGUCCACUGACUACACCAGUUAUUCGCUGGUUUACUCCUGCUUUCAACGGCAAAUGUUUUCUUGGAAUCGUGUAGAAUAUGCUUGGAUUCUGUCAAGAGAACGACACCUAUCAGAAGAUGUCAUUAAUCGCCUGCAUGAGAUCCUGGAGAAGUAUGAGAUUCAAGCUGAUGAAUUGGUUAAAUCUCCUCAAGAAAACUGCCCUAAAAAUACAUAAAGCAUUGAGCAGAAAACAUUCAAAAUCAACAAAUAAAUCUGGAAAAAACAUAAUUUUAUCUUUAGUUUUCAUGAUCAUACUCUAUAAUUGUAUUAGUAUCAUUUGGAUUAUAUCAUUCAUGCUGAAGUGUCACUGUUGGGCAUGAGAUGAGUGUAACUUACUUUUACUAAAAGUGGGCCAUAAUAAAUAUCCCCUAAACAUGGGCAGUUGUCAACCUUUGCCUCUUUUCAGAUUUGUGGUGAUUAUGAAACAUUGCUCAGUCUACCAUUACAUUUAUUCACUCACAAUAUCCAUAUAAAGAUGUUUUUCACAAAUUUCAAAGGAACCUGCUAUAAACAAAUUGGAAGGAACUGCAGUUGCUGGUUUAAACCAAAGAUAGACACAAAAUGCUGGAGUAACUCAGCGGGACAGUCAGCAUCUUUGGAGAGACGGAAUGGGUGAUGGUACAGGUCGAAACCUUUCUUCAGACUGAAGAAGGGUCUCGACUCAAAAAGUCACCCAUUCCUUCUCAUCAGAGAUGCUGCCUGUCCCGUUGAGUUAGUCCAACAUUUUGUGCCUAUGUUUGUACAUGAACAGAUAAUGGCUUUGAUUGUAUUGAUGUAUGUGAAAAUAUUGCAGCUCACAAUUUCAGACUGUGCAAGCAAUCUCAUCAUUUGGAGUCAAUCCCCAAUCAAAUGGUCUUUGCUGCGAUAUAUGUUUUCAACUUGCUAGUCAGGUGUAAAGCUAUCACUGUGAAUUGCAUUCUUGACUCGUGUUUCCAUAAUUUAAAUAGAAGUGAGGACGAGACAUCUGCUGCAAAAGGCAGUCAAUCCUCAACAGCAAUUUUACACCUGGAUGAGAAGUGGAAACCCUGUGAGUUUCAGUCAACCAACUUGCUCUUGAUCCACAGCUAUUCUAGAACGGCUGGGUCACAAGGCGAAGAGUUCAUUAAUUAUGCGUUGAGCUGUCAUCCAUGCCAUCAUUUUGAAUACCAUAUUGUGAUGGUGCAGAAACUUGCAGCAUUGAGUAAGACAAAAUUGUCAAUAAAAAAAUAUGAAACCCCAAGUUGUCAAGUUUCUUAUCAAUUCCAUCUUAUGAGUGGUCAUGAACAUUUUUCAAUUCACUGUGGCAAAUGUCAAGAUGGGUGCAGUCCAAGUGAAAUACUAAAUCCAUUUUUCCAAGGUCUAGAAAUAAGUCCUCUUACGAAAAUAUUAGAUCUUAAUACUUUGUUUGAUGAUCAUCCACGUAUACCAGUGGGCUUGGCCUCACUCUCUAUGUCUUAUAUUUAAAUUAAUACAUCGAACAUGAUCUAUCACACUUCACAUAAUUCGCAUGGGAUCUGGAAGUCUUAAAAAAAGUCUUUAACACAAUUGAGUUGCCGAUUCUGUUCAGAGUCAAUCCCAUUUAGAAUAAUUCUAGUGCCACACACAUAAUGGAAGGAGUUCUCAACGUAAAGAUGGGACUUUGUCUCGCUAAUGUGUUUUCACUCGUCACUUCAAUCAAUUCUAUCAUAGACGGAUGCAUCUUCACAAGUAAAUUAGUGAGGAUGAAGUCAACUAUGUCCCUCAUGCUAGAUCGCUAACUACCUGCACCACAUGCAGCCUAGUAGCUAUGACUUUAAGUGGUGGUAUUAUGAUGCAUUUCACAGUGAUGGACAUUGAAGUCCCCACCCUGAGUACAUCUUGCUUUCAAUGUGUUUUAGGAGGUGAUAUUCAGGUCUACUAGUCAAAAUAGAAUAUGUAGUCACAGGCUGGUACCUGUGGAAUCUGGCCCAGCAGACACAAAUAUGCAUCUUAGUGCAACUCAGGAAGUAUAAUUUCUUGUGCUUCAUUGGUAAAUAGGUUAAUCAAAUGGAUAUGAACCAAUCUAACAUAUGAAUCCGUAUCUCCUUUGAAUGUAUGAUUCCACAAGAAAUCAACUUUAAGAUGUUUAUUUUUUCAGAGAUGCAGGAGAAGUCAAUAAGAAUAAGCAGAAGUUAGCUGUGGCAUAUGUUUUAAUGAUGUAUUAAUUAUUCUUGAGCUGUAAUGUUUAACUGCAUGGUAAUUCUAAGGGAGUGACCCUUCUUCAUAGGCACUUCUUCAGCACUGAUGAUAACUUGAUUCCUUUGGGUUUCUAUGAGUGCUGAAAUAGCUGACGAGUCCUUGUUGCCAUUGCAGAAAUGGCUGAGAGGGUGGAUGGGAUAGUCAUUUGCCAGCUGGUCCACACCUUCUGCCAGUAACGCUGAGCUUCAGUGGGAUCCUGGUGCUUGGAUUGUAGGUUCACAAUAUCAUCCCAGGUCCUCCUUUAGUUUUUAUUUUUUUUCAUUUUGGAGAUACAGCGCGGAAACAGUUCCUUCGGCCCACCGAGACCGCACUGACCAGCGAUCCCCGUACAUUAACACUAUCCUACACACACUAGGGACAAUUUACACUUAUACCAAUCCAAUCAACCUACAAGCCUGGAUGUCUUUGGAGUGUAGGAGGAAACCGAAGAUCUCGGGCAAAACCCACGAGGUCACGGGGAGAAUAUACAAACUCCGUACAGACAGCACCCGUAGUCGGGAUUGAACCCCCUAUCUCCGGCGCUGCAAGCACUGUAAGGCAGCAACUCUACCACUGUGCCACUGUGCCUGUUCCUUUUCCAGAAACCUGUGGGGAUAUUGUAUUUAUUUGCUCAAGGAAAUUUUGAGCACCUCUUUGACUCUUUUCCACCAUCCAUCGGGUAAUCCCAAAGGACAGAACAGAGCAUCUUUUUCAGGAGUACGGUGUUGGGCACGGGAACAAUGUAGCCUGCCUAUCAGAGCCAAGCUAAUUCAGGCCCUGUGCUGAGGAUAAAGAAGCAAGGAACUGCAGAUGCUGGUUUACAGAACAGGGUACAAAGUGCAACAGUAACCCAGUGGGUCAGGCGGCAAGUCUGGAGAUCAUGGAUAGGUAACAUUGUAGAUCAGGAUUCAUCUGAAGAAUACAAUACAAUACAAUACUAUACAAAACACUUUAUUUGUCCCCGAGGGGCAAUUCAGAUGUUCCUGCAGCACACUAAUAAAAAUACAACAUAGCAUUCAAGAACUUUAACAUUAGAACAUAAAAACAUCCCCCCACAAUGGUUCCCACUGUGGGGGAAGGCACAAAGUCCAGUCCCCAUCCUCUUGUCCACCCAAAGUCGGGCCUAUGAGGCCUCCACAGUCGCCGCUACGGGGGCCCGAUGUUCCCGGCCGUUCUCGCCGGGUGAUGGUACUCCGACGUCGAGAGAACCCUCAGCGGCUUGGGGUGCCAGGAACGGCCGCCCUCCUACCGGAGACCACGGCUUCACAAGCCAACAGACCACGCCGAACGGAGCCCCACACACUGGCGAUCUCGGCGAGAGAUCCCAGGCUCCGAGAUGUAAGUUCAGCGCCGCAGCUGGCCGCUCCACAGAACCCCGGCUCCAUGAUGUUAUUAUCGGCGGUCCCAGCAUACUGGAGUUCCAGCGCGGCGACCCAGACAAGGCAUCGCCCGCUCCGCAAUAGCGCUCCAGCGCCACGCCGCCGCCAAAGCCGAUGUUCUGGCCAGGUCCCCUCAGGGAAACGUCGCUCCAGGACCCGCUGGUAGGCGCUGGUAGGCCGCCAGGACAGGUCGAAAGUGCUGCUCGGAGGAAGGCAGCCUCUCCGACCAGGUAGGGACUUGAAAAGCAG